AUGGCUCUAGUAAUGUUACCGUGUGAUCUGCCUUGGUGGCCAGCUAUUGUAAAGCAAUUGGACAAGGCCGCCUCGGCUAAAAACUCCGAGGACCUAGUAGACGUCAUGCAACGAUUGCAUGACAUGUGCAAUAUAAGCCUCGAUCCCGAGGAAGAUGUGCAAGACGCCGACCUAUUCUCCAUGUUGGGAACCUUCCUAGAUAAUGAUCUCGAUCUUGCGGAACGGGAGCAAGUGUUCACGAAGACAAUACCGCGAAUAGUGGAACAGGCAAAGGCCUUAAAAUCUACAAAACCCCCCCAAGGCUUACAUUUUAGUCUCCAACAGCAAGGCGACAGCGUCGAGUACAGUUACGCCUUCGUCUCCUCCUUAAUCGCGAACGCGUUCUUUUCAACGUAUCCGAAGAGAACAGCGAAGACUCAUCCCACAUUGCGCGAUUUCAACUUUACAAACUUUUUCAGACACCUCCACAAAAACGCACAGAAAGCCAAACUCAAAAGUAUUUUUCAUUAUUAUAAUUAUCUCGAGACGGAGCAUGCACUCGAUGGUCGUCUAAUCAUCUCUAGACAGGUAAUGACGGCUAAGCAAUGGCUGACCAUUGAAGAUUGGUUGGAAAGUAACGUACCUCUAUGUCCACUUACGAUACGUCACGAGGGACGGUUGGAACGAGUUGAGGCGGAAUCAAAAGUACUGCAAGUUUGUUUCGCGAAUGCUAAAAUUGGCGGCGGCGUGCUGGAUGGCGACGUCACGCAGGAGACUGUACAUGUAGCGACACAUCCGGAGAUGCUCGCUGCGAUAAUAUCCGUCGAGGCCUUAGAAGACAACGAAGUACUAAUAAUCGAGGGUGUCAGGCAUAUGUCGAGGAUAAAUGAUCCGCGGCAUAAGGCGAUAUUCGAGGGUAUCUCGAAGCCGAACGUGGUAACGGUCUGCUGCAUAGAUCCCGAGGACUACUCGCGAUUGCCGUUGACGCAGUUCGAGGAGGACAAUAUCUUGAGGGAGAUGAACAAGUCUCUGCUGGGAUUUCGUCAGAGAUAUAUGCCCAGUAGCCCCACGGAUCCGAUCAAGAAUGAACCGGAAGCGGAAAUCGGCCUGGGCUCCCGCAGAUUAUCGCCGAUCGGUGAGAGCUUUAGCAGCACCCCGCCGGAAAUGGAAGGCGAGGAUAAAGUUUUCGCAACGAGCAAUAAUUCCAAGACAGAUAAACAGGUUCUCCACGAUGAACGACACAGAUUGGAGAACGUGACGGAAGUGCGUAGCAGGCCUAACGGUAAAUCGAUGAGACCGCCUAGUCCUCACAAAGUGUGCAAGGACGCGAGUUACACAAACCGAAAGAACAGAUUCAUCGUGCUUGGAUCUAGCGGUGAGGUACUGCCGGUGACACGACAACUCGGCCAGAUGUCGGUCUACAGUAGUUGCAACAGUCAGAGCACCGACAGUUUCCACAGCGCUAAGGAGACCAUCGACGAGGAACCUGAGGAAGAGGAGCAGAAAGUGACCAAAUGCUACAGCACGCAAUUAGAUACCCCCGAGAGGAGAGGAACCUUCGCGCAGCGAUUGAAAGAUGCUCUUAAGCGAGAGAGUACGGCAACGGGGGUGACUUCCUCGAACACUUCUUCCAGCGAGAGCAGUUAUGCCGUUGGUAUAAGCGUCAGCGGUAGCCACGUCGGCGAUCAAGAUAUCAAGUUGAGAAGAGGAGGUUCAAGGGGUUUCGUUUUGCGGGACGAAACGGUGGACGAAGAGUUCCUGAAGGAGUCUCUGGAAGCAGAGCAAAAGUGGCUUGGCCGAUUUCGGCAGAGUCAGGGACCCAUGUUCCAAAGGAAAGACACGAGCGCGAGCAGCAAGUACAGCUUCAGUACCGAAUACAAUUCUGAUUUCUGUUCCGAGCUAGAGGAGGUCUACGAGCAAUUGUCAAAGUGGCUGGAGGAUCCAAUAGUGGCGGACGAGAACCGGGAAUUAGAUGCGAGAGAUCGGGCGGUUGUACGGUUCGCUGGUUCACUUUUGAAACGUGCUUUGAGUGAAUCGUUCGCCGGCGUGCCGGUCCAAGAGGGUGAACCGCAGCCGUUCAUCGACGCCAACGACGUAAAUCAGCAGCACAAACUGGCCUUAGCUGUGAGGAGCCUCAGCUUGGAGCUUGCUCGACAGAAAAAUCGGAGACAGCAAUCAGUGUCCGAAUUCGAAGAAUACGUAGAUCGCUAUGAGGACGCUUCGUGCGAGUUAAGAGAAGCGAAGGACGUACAACGUAGGAAACUUUGGGCUGUUACGUUCACGUCGGAAGUGUUCCAAACGUUAGUCGAUGAUCAUACGACCAUACGCCUGUCUACAUCGCCCAUGUCCGAAUCAGGACAGACGGCGAACGAGCGUGAAACGCGCGAAGCGAGCACGCUCGGUGUCUCGCAGUUGCCGCAUGAAAAUAGUCCCCAGGGAGGAUGUUUAUUGCCUGUGGCUACCGGCAACUGGGGAUGCGGGACUAGACUGAAAGGCGAUCCGCAACUGAAACUCGUUAUUCAAUGGCUCGCUUCCUCCUUGGCAGGCACACCAAGAUUAAUCUAUUACACCUCUGGCAAUCCCAGUCUAUCCAAGUUAGACACUGUAAGCAGAGUUCUGAUAGAUAGACGUUGGUCAGUGGGUGAUCUUGCCGCCGCGACGUUGAGGUAUGCUAUGCACGCGAUCGAGGAACGGAUGGAAGGAAAGAAUAGUCUCUUCGAGGAGAUCAUCGGUAUGGAUAAAUCGAGUCCUUAGCCCGAUUCGAUGCUGUCCGUUCUGGUGGACGUACUGGCUACCAUGAUCGAAGACAGCCUACUGAAAAACUAAUAAUGUAUUACUACAUACUCUUCCGAGAAAGGGACAUACAAAAGGAAAAGAACUGAACGAGUACUUGACUGUAGUUGGACGCAAAAUCGAUAAUUAACCCUAAUUCGUAGUAUUAGAUAAAACAUAUUAUACGAGUUUUAUUUUGGC